AGUAGCCAACCGCGAGCAUCCCUUAGAACCGAAUGUGGAACGCAUAAAAUCAGGAUCGUGACUUGUCCUGCGCCGGGCUCCGGAGCUGAAGCUAGCAGUCAGGCACUCGUCACAGCCAUGACAGGGGCUCACAGACCAGAGCGGUGUAGACAGGGUCCCGCGCUUCCUCGAGCUUCCGUCAGAACGCCAGAGUGAAGCUGUCCCGAAGAACACCUCCACGCGAGAACGACGAGAGUCACGGAGAGCGACAACAUGGCGAACGAAUAUGAAAUGGAGACCGACGCCCUCGUGAGGUCACAGAAAUGAGCAGCCAGGUCACCAGAGUCUUGAGCGCAGCACUAGUGAAUGUUGUGUCCAAAUUGCACCGGUGCUAUGACUUUAGAUGCAAGUGAGCAGGACUGGACUGCUGCGAUCAGAGCAAUGUGCUUUAAAUAAGCUCGUGCCAUUGGCCAGCCGGCCGGCCGCGUGCGAUUGUCGGGCGGGUGGGCCAGUGGCGAGAUGUUCUCAAAGGUGUCGUGUCUGUACCUGCUCACCGUGCUCUGCUGGGCCAGCGCGCUGUGGUACCUGAGCGGCUCACGGCCAUCCACCCCCCACAUGGGCCAUAUGUCCAUCCCUGCCCGACGCCAGGCAGCACGGACGGCCUUCAACGGCACGUUCGCCAACAUCCGCACACGUGCGCUGAACCCCCACGCCUACCGCUUCCUGAUCAACGAGCCAGGCAAGUGCGAGGGUGCCGCCCCCUUCCUGCUCGUCCUGGUCAGCAGCGACCACAAGGAGUUUGACGCACGGCAGGCGAUCCGCGAGACGUGGGGCGAGCAGGAGACAUACGGCGAGGCGGCGCGCCUUGUCACGCUCUUCCUCCUCGGCCACAGCGCAGAGCCCGUGCUCAACCGCAUGGUGGAGCAGGAGAGUCAGGUGUUCCACGACAUCAUCGCGGAGGACUUCGAGGACUCCUACCACAACCUGACGCUCAAGACCAUGAUGGGCAUGCGCUGGGCAUCGUCCUUCUGCCCCAACGCCCGUUACGUCAUGAAGACCGACAGCGACAUCUUCGUCAACAUGGACAACCUGGUGCUGAACCUCCUCCGGCCCGACGCCAAACCCAGGCGCCGCUUCUUCACGGGUCACGUGAUCAACGGUGGACCCAUCCGCGACACACGCAGCAAGUGGUACAUGUCUCGCGAGCUGUACCCCGAGAGCAAGUACCCGCCCUUCUGCUCCGGCACGGGCUACGUCUUCUCAGGGGACAUGGCCGAGCUCAUCUACAAGACGUCCCUCCACACGCGCCUCCUCCACCUGGAGGACGUAUACGUGGGCCUGUGUCUGCGCAAGCUGGGCAUCCACCCCGUCCAGAACAGCGGCUUCAACCACUGGAAGAUGAGCUACAGCCUGUGCCGCUACCGCCGCGUGCUCACUGUGCACCAGAUCUCGCCUGAGGAGAUGCACCGGAUAUGGAACGAUAUGGCCAGCAAGAAGCACCUCAAGUGCUAGUGAAAGGCCCCAGAAACAGACACUGCUGUUCCCCCGACCACUGACAGGAAGGGGCUUCUGUGGUCUGGGAGCUCACAGUGCUACUAUGGCAGAGCGAGUCAGAUGUUUGAGUUCCCUAGUAGUUCUGUAGUAAAGCUCAGAGCCUUUGUGUAU